AUGACCAUACAAAUGUUACAAAUACUGACUAUAUACCUAUUACUGCUACAUUAUGUAAUCGCCAAUAUUGCUUACAGUGUGUCAACUCCAUUUCCACAAUGGUUGACAGAUAUAACAGGCUUGAAGAAAUGGCCCGGCUUGGAUCCACCGUUCAUUCCUAAUAUCAAGUUGGAUAACAUUCCGGAAAACUCAAGAUACAAUCAUGAAAGGUGCCGCACUCGAUGGGGUUAUAGUCCACCAAAAAUUGCUCAUUUGAUUGCGAUGGUUGUUGCUCUAAGACAGAUAUUUACACCUGCUCAACUUUUACACAAACAUUUGAUGAUGGACCUUCAAUAUAUACUAACCAAUUACUAG